CGAGAGAGUGACAAAGAGAGGGAGUGCAUGUGAGUUUGAAAGAGUGAGAGACUAAAGUAACCCUGUCCAUAACAGAGGGAAAGCAAGACAGAGAGAGAAAGACUCAGUUGCUUGAUUCUUGUAGGUCUCUGUUAGUGAUGUUUAAGACUAAAAAAACAUGUGAGCAGCCAAAGGGCCUCACGGAGCACCUGAUCCAGAAGCUGCUGUACUGCACAGGAGAAAUGGAGCACUUCCACACGCACAUGCAGGACCAGGCCUUCCUCAUGCAGCUGCUGGAGUGGUUAUUGCGGGGUGUCUCUGGUGUGAUCAUGGUGAAUAACCCUUUGAGUGGAGCUCUGAUUCUUACUGCUCUGUCAAUUGCCAGUCCCUGGCAGGCCCUACUGGGAAGCCUGGGACUAAUCUCCUCCACAGUCAUGGCAAUCCUCAUCGGACAGGAACGAGUAGAGGUUUCCAAAGGUGAACACGGUUAUAACGGAAUGCUGGUGGCCUUAUUGAUCGGUGUGUCCAGCAAUGCAGGAGACUGGUACUGGUGGCUACUGCUGCCUGCAUGUCUUGCUGGAGCCAUAACUACAUUUGUACACAGUGGCCUGGCUGCUGUGUUUGACAGAUGGGAUUUGCCUGUAAGUGUGUUCCCCUUCAACACUGUCUUGCUGCUGUAUUUGGCCUGCACCGGUAUUGAGAACCCAUACUACCCCAACCAUCCAGCCCUGCCUCAGGGGGCAACACUGAGCAUCAACAGCACACACCUCAACAUAACUCAGCUCACGCAGGGUACAGUGUUGGGAGUGGGGCAGAUCUAUGCUUGUGAUGCUCUGGGGUCCUCCCUAAUCAUUCUUGCAGCUGUGCUGUUAUACUCUCCAGUCCAGGCCUUUCAUGCACUGCUGGGAUCAAGUUUCGGGGUACUGGCAGGUCUUUCUGUUGCAGUGCAGCAGGAUGUUUUAUACAAAGGGCUGGCUGGUUUUAAUGGCGCACUGGGCUGCAUGGCUGUUGGAGGGCGUUUAUUCACAUUAAGCUGGAGAACUCAUGUCUUCUCCAUUAUUUGUGCCUUCCUCUCUUCCUAUGCACACUUCGCCUUGAGCAAUGUGCUGGCAAGUGUGGGUCUCCCUGCCAGCAGCUGGGCCUCCACACUAACUAUCAGUCUUAUGCUGUUAGUGAGUGGGCGGAGCCUCUCCACAUACCGCAUCACUAUUGGCCGAGACAGCUCUCCUGGAAGCCCCUUACACACUCCCAGUCAGUGUGCUGAGGCAAACACAGACACUAGUUCUGUGUGACGCACUCUCUCUCUCUCUCUCUCUCUGUC